ACUUUUUUUUAGAAGCAAGGAAGCAACACUACAAGUAACGUUUGGCGCUUCGUCAAUCGUCCGUUAUAAUUCCAUCAUCACCAAGCAACACACCGCAGUUGUGCGAAAACUUACAAGUGUGAGUUGGAAGUGUUCAAUGGCAGCCCCCAUAAUAAGCUUUGGAGCAUUGGUUACCCUAGAAGAACUGACAUCCGCAAGUCAGCACUUCAAGGAAGGGGCAUCUCUUCGAGUUACUGGCAAGCUACAAGACUACAAUGUGGAGACUGCAAUUGCUAUAAUUAAUGAUGGCGCUGCCACUCUAAAGGUUGAUACUCAGCACCUGAAAAUCAACUUUCGAAUGAGUUCCAUCUAUCAAUUUAUUGGAGAACUUCAUUUUGAUUCCCCAGAUGAGGUGGUGCUAAAGGCAAGAGUGGGUAGAAAUGUAGAUGGCAUUGAUCUUAAUCUCUAUCACCAGUCCAUUAAGCUUUUACAGGAAUUUCAAUCUGAUCAAAUCCGUAAGCAGGCACCAUAAAGCUGCAUAGAUAUGAAAAAUGCAGAUUAUGGAAGUCAGUAACCAAUUAUGAGGCAGAGAUCAAAACCUUAAGGUUGAUUUUGGCUUUCAUUCUAUUGUAUUGGCUCUGGCAUAUAGUGGUAAUCUAGUUAGGUGAGCUUAUCAGCUGACCAGAUUUUAUGAAGCCUGGCUAGCAAAAUGCCUUAAAUAAUAUCGAGACAGAUUUGUUAACUGAAUACAGAAAUUAUCAAUGAUGAAAAUCUUCAAUAGAAGUGAAGUUGCGUGCC